GGAUAUUUUAUCGAUAAGCACUGACUGUGGAGCACUUUUUCCUCCAAAAUUGGAAUCAAAUUUUUUUUAAUAGCUAUGCGUGCAAUUAAUCAAUAUGUGUGUUGUUAACAAUGUGCCAGUGCUAAGGAAAAAGUGCAAACUAUAGGAAAAGGCGCAGCGCCAAAGCCCAGAGGCAGCUAUCGCCUCGCUUCUGAGAAAAUGGAAUCGUCCAUUAAGCUUAAGGACAACAACUCCAAUCCGAGCAGCAAUUCGAAUGGCAACAAUGGAGCAGCAGGAGCAGGAGCAUCAGCCGGCGGCGGGGGCAGUGGCAGUGGCGUCUGCGUAUCGAGCAUCUGCAGCAGCGAUAGCUUCAGCAUCAUGCCACCGCCGCAUCAUGAGCUGGUCAGCGCUAACAGCAUCGAGCUGAAUGCGGCCGCCUCCUUGAGCGAUGACAGCGGUGUGCCAUUGACCACCAAUAGCUCCAUAUCCAGCGGUGAUUCCUAUCGCAUUGGAAUGUGCAAAUUCGAAAUUGAGAUGGUGGAAAGCGACGGCGAGGUCUCACAAUUCGAUUCGCUGGACAAUUGCUCGGAGGGUGGCAUGAGUGCUGAGAACUUUAAUACGCUGAAAAAGGGUCCAUUGGCACCCAUUGAUCCGCCGCCCGAGUUCCAGGACUCGCCGCAGACAACGCUAGUGCGUUCCAUCUCCAAGAAUAUUGUCAAUAGCCUGCGGCGUUGGACCUCGUCGCAGUCAUCGUUUGAGCAUCUGAAAGAUGAUGUGACGACCAGCACCAAAGUGGCAGUAGAGCCCCCAACAAAGACUGCGGCUGCUGUGGCUGUGGCAGUGGCAGUGAUGGCGCCGCCAGAGCAAACCCAAGCAAAGAUCUGCCAAAUGGAGGUGAUGGAGAGCACCCAUUUGAGCCUCAAGGAGUCGUACGCCAUCAAUAAGCAUCUGUAUGUGAGCGAUUCGAUACUGAAUAGCCACACGGACAACAUCUACGACGAGCCCAACAAUAUUAUCAGCAGUUCGUUGGGCAACAGCGUGGAUCUUCUGGAGGAUGAGGGCUGCUCCGAUCAGAGCAGCUGCUCGCCACUGCCCUCACCGCCGCCGCCCGUCUCCAUCAUCAAGAUCAAGCAGACACUGUGCCCCUACUAUCAGGAUCAUACGCGCUACUUCAAGGCCAUACCCACGGAGCAGGACAGCAUUGCGAGUGCCAAGGCGGCGGCAGCCGCCGCCUCCCAGCAGCGUUUCAAUUUCAAUGCUGCCGGUCUCUCGGAAAUCCAUGAUUACGAUUUGUAUUACGGAGCUCGGAGGCAGCCGCCGUCUGACAACAGCAGUUUGAGCUUGCAGCGACGGCAGGCCAGCCUCUACAGCCCCCUGGGUGGGCAUACGAGCCACUGUCACUACCACAACAACAACAACAACAGCACCAGCAGCAGCCAGGGGCACUACAACCACCCGUACAACAGCCAUCCGCAUCAUCAUCACCACCAUCAUCACUACAGCGGUGGGACUGCUGCCUCCAGCCACGGGCAUGGGCAGCGGCCGAACUCGAGGAAUUCCCUCAAUAGUCGCCUGAGCAGCUCGCACAAUUCCCUGAACGUUUCGUCGGCGAAUAAGCCCGAUGAUUCCAUCUUUAUAACGCAGGCCAUGUCCCACGAUGCGUUGUUUACACGCGAGAUAUCUGACUUCUAUAAUGUGCCCAUCGAUUCGGAUAUUUAUGCGUUUCCCGUGGACAUGAUCGAGCAGCAGCAGCAGCAACUAGAGAAGGAAAAGGAAAAAGAGAAAGAGCGGCAGGUGACGGCAAACGCAGUGGCAGGAACAGGAGCUGGAGCAGGAGCCCCCACUUACCACAAGGCGGCCAGCAGAAGGAAUAAACGCAACAAACGCAAGCAGCGACACGGAGGAACGACUGCUGCGGGGGCGGGGACUGAGACGAGCGAUGGGGAUGGGGAAAAGUCAGGGAAACAUGGAAAAUAUCGCACCCCAGUGGGGCUGGGGCAGGGACAGUGCCAGGGACAAACGAGCGAGUCAUCGGAGCCACUGCACAUGACCCUCGACGAAGUGAAGCAAUUCUAUCACACACUCUACUCGGACGCGGGCAAAUCCUGUGCAUCCUCGGGCGGCGGCGGCGGCGGCAGCGGGGGACCCAACAAACCGAUGAUGGUCAAGUCCAGCAACGAGACUAUCUGGAGUGUAUCCACGGCCACAACGAAUGCCACAACGACCACGGCGCGAACGCGCAGCAGUGUUGGCACCUCGAAUCGUUCGACAAACGCUGCGGGCGCUGGCGGGGGUGGCUCUGCCAGCGAUGGCGGCAAGUAUCUGAGCAAACAGAGCAAACACAAUCUGGACAAUGAUAAGCUCAACAACAACAACAACAAUAAUAACCAGCAGACGCCCACGCAACAGCAACAGCAGCAGCAGAACCUGCAACAGCAGCAGCAACAGUCAUCGGAGAAGCCGCCCGCGGGGGAGCUGCAACUGCAGCUACAGAUGCAACACCACCAGCAGCAGCAUCCGAACAAUAAGCAUGUGGUGCACUCGGAAAAGAAGUCACAAUUUACGCUUAAUCUCAAGCAAAAGUUCUGCAGCAUCUUUCGCUUUCGUCGGAAUCAUCAUAGUCGUUGUCGCGCCGCAGCCGCCUCUGUGGCGGCGGCGAAUGCGGCUGCAAAUGCGAGUGCCACGAAUGCCGCAUUGGCUGUGGAAGCAACUGCUGUGGCUGCUGAGGGCCAGGACCAGGAGUCGUCACCAGCAGCAGUCACAGCAACACCAGCCACCGCCCCAGGGGAGUCGUCGUCCGAUGAGGGACUCAAGAAGUUCCAGUCGCGUGCACUGCCACCAUUACCAAAGAAGGCAGCCGCCUAUGCCAUAGAUGAAGCUGUCGAACAACCCGAACAGGAGGAUCAACAGCAGAAGAAGCAACCUGGUGGCCAAGAGCCGCGUGCAUUGCAGUUUACCUCAAGCAUUGAAAAAGUGAAAGACUACGGCUGGUACUGGGGUCCCUUGUCUGGGGAGGCAGCCGAAAAGGUGCUCUCGAACGAGCCAGAUGGUUCUUUUAUUGUGCGCGAUAGCUCCGAUGAUCAUUACAUAUUCUCGCUAAGCUUCAAGCUGAACAAUUGUGUGCGACAUGUGCGCAUUGAACAGGAUCAGGGGACCUUCUCCUUUGGCUCUUAUGCCAAAUUCAAGUCGCAAACCAUCACCGAAUUCAUUGAGAAGGCUGUCGAGCAUUCGCGAAGUGGCCGAUAUUUAUUCUUUCUGCAUCGCCGGCCAGAGCAUGGACCAAUGCGUGUGCAAUUAACCAAUCCAGUAUCUAGAUUUAAGCAUGUACAAAGCCUGCAGCACAUGUGCAGAUUUGUUAUACUAAAGGCGGUUAUACGAAAGGAUCUUAUACAGACGUUGCCAUUACCAAGAAGACUUUUAGACUAUCUUAACUAUAAGCAUUGCUACUCCGAGCAGGUGGAGUCCGACAGUUCCCAUUCGCAGAUUUCUGGCGAUGGAACCAUGUAGGAGAUGGAGAUGGAGAUGGACAUGGGGAUGGCAAAGGCGGACUCGGAAGCGAUUCGCUUGUGACAAAAAGUAAACGAAAGCAACAGAAAUUAUUACCUUACAUAAGUAGUAGAAUUUAAAAAAACGAAACAAAGGAACGCGAAAUGCAAAACAAGAAAAGUAACGAAACGAAACAUUAAAACCGUUAAACGUUCUGUAUAACAAGAACAAAGGAAACAACAAACCAACAACAAAAACAAAACAAAAAAAACGUUAAAUAAGUAAAGUAAAUGGAAGAAAUUGUUAGUUUUGCUAAAAAUAAAAACCAAGAAGAAGUAGUAGAAGCUGAGGAAGUAGAAGAAGGCGAAGACGAUGAAGAAGAAGAAGGAGAACAGGAAGUGGAAGGACGAAGAAGAACACAAAAUUCAAAACUCUGUUUAUUGAUCAUUUUUUUGUACUCGGUGCUAUACUAUAAAUAUAAAAACUAUUUAAUGAAGAAAAGGAGGCAGAGAGGAGACGAAGCAGAAAGCAUGAUGAAGAAGGAUAAGAAAGAAGAGCAAACAAAAGCUACAACAAAACGGAAACACGAAACAGAAAAAUAUUAUAGAUAUUAUAGAAAUUAUGCGGUAGUCAAGUAAACGAAAUAACGAAUUAACUGAAAAAAUUGUACAUAAAAAUAUGUUUGAGAAAUGAGGAGCCAUAUGCCACCCAGCAGAACCCCCCGUCACCCAGCCACCCAGCCAUCCUGCAACAAAGAACCCCGCCACCCGGAUGGGGCCUACGUUUUUCAUUAAUUAAUUUUAUGCUUGCCUUUUAGCUGUGAUUUAUAUAAGGUGUCUGAGUCGACUAUGUCGGCAGUAUUUUGUUCAAGCUGCAAUUUGAUGUUUAUAGAAUUAUGUGUCAGGACGAGAGAAGAAAUCGAGCUCUAACCGAAAGGACAGACAGAGCAAAUGUAAAAGCAAUCUUAAAACAAUCUUAAGUUCAAGCAAAGACUUUUCAUAUAUAUAGGUAUAGGUCUUUGUUUCAAGUCAAAAAAUACUCGAAAGCAUGAGGUGGAAAACCGAACCAAAACCGAUACAAAACGAUCGAAACGAGUGGGACAGCAAUAGAAAGAGAAGAAUAGGAAAAGGAAAAUAAAAGUGAAACAGAAACAGAAACACCAACAAAGAGCAUAUUGUAUAUUCAUAUUGCUUAGAUUUAUUUCAAUUGUUGACUAAUUAUGGUUUCGGAUUUGUUGUUAUUUAUGUUUUAAGCUCCCCAACAACCCACCCCCCGCAUACCAUACCGUACCAUACCAUACCACUUUUUUUUUGUGUAUACUAUUAUUAUUGCUCAUGAUUGAAUUGUUUAUACGUUGUAUUUAUUUCUUUUUUGUAUAAAUAUAUAUGUAUACGACAUUUGUGUAUGUAUGUGUAUAGGAGAGAGGGGGCUACCACCUCUUCCUCCUCCCAUGAAACAAAAAAGAAAACUGAAACCAAAACCAAAAA